GCAACGCAUCAUUUCCUCCAUUACCCAAAAUGCAUUGCGCAUUUUACGACAUUUGACCUCUGGAUGAAAACAAGCCGAUCAGCUGAUGCAAAAGCAACAACAUCCAUAAGGUCUGGGGCACAACAGCCGGGCUAGCUGACGUGUGUUUGUUUGUGUGUGUGUGAGUGAGUGAGUGAGUGAGUGUGUGUGUGUGUGAGUGAGUGUCUGAGUGUGUGUGUGUGUGUGUUUGUGUGUGUGGCAGUCGGCGGUGUGGUGUUAGUGUACGUGUCCGGUUUUAGACUGUGCUGAGGCAGCGUUUCACCUAACGAGCCAGUCGUCGUCCGUCGGGACUGUCUGGAAGCCGCUGCUCGGUCAGUCGACUGGAAGGAAGGUUGCUUGUUUGUCCCCAGGUGUCUCUUUGUGUAGCUAACAGUAGCCAGUGACUGUUUUAUUGUUGAGUUUCACAGCCUAUGUUUCUUUUUUAAAAGAUAUUAUGACGAGCUAAUUUUUAAAUAGCAACUUGGCAUCGCAGGCUGAGCUGUAGCAUUACUAAACAACAACAACAACAACAACAACAACAUGAAGUAAUCACCUGUCGGGGAAAAAGUGUGUUUGAAAGUGCUGCCUGGCUUCACUACAGACUGAAUAUCCUCCUUGACAGUUUUGUCCUGGCCUGUCAGACUUGAGAUGAGUGGCCAAGGGUCAGCUGUAGAUAAAGCAAUGAACGCGGUCCUGGUCUGUCAGGAGAGCUACGCCUGUGGGGGUUCAGACGAGGCUGCGUUUGAGUGUGACGAAUGUGGCAGCCUGCAGUGUGUCCGCUGUGAGCUGGAGCUGCAUCGGCAGGAGCGGAUGAGGAACCACGACCGGGUUCGCAUUCUGCCGGGACACGUUCCCUUCUGCGACUCCUGCAAAGGGGACGGCAGUUGCUCCGGGAGCGGCGGGCGGCUCAGGGCUGUGGUGCGCUGCCAGGGUUGCAAGAUCAACCUGUGUUUGGACUGCCAGAAACGAACCCACAGUGGGGUCAACAAGAGGAAGCACCCGCUGACACCUUAUCCCCCGGUCAAAGCUCCCCAGGAGAACAGCGGGGAUGCUGGGGAGUCAGAGAUGGAGGUCCUGAAGGCCAAACUGGAGAAGGCGUGCAGCUUUCUUCUGGUGGACGAGAAGGAGGAGAUGCAGGUGAAGGACGAGGAGGACUUUGUCAGCCGACUGGGCUGCAGACCAGAUGAGCUCCUCAAGGUUGUCUCCGUCUUCGGGAACACCGGGGAGGGAAAGUCCCACACCCUGAACCAUACAUUUUUCCUUGGGAGAGAAGUGUUCAAGACUUCGCCCACUCAGGAAUCGUGCACUGUGGGUGUAUGGGCUGCUAUGGACCCUGUGCACUGGGUUGUAGUCAUCGACACAGAGGGACUACUCGGGGCUGGAGCCAAUCAGGGUCAGCGAACCCGGUUGCUACUCAAGAUCCUGGCUAUAUCUGAUGUGGUCAUCUACAGAACCCAUGCUGACCGUCUCCAUGACGACCUCUUUAAGUUUCUUGGUGAUGCGUCAGAUGCCUACUUGAAACAUUUCAGCAGGGAGUUGAAGGCGACUACCAACCGCUGUGGUCUGGACGUCCCGUUGUCCACUCUGGGCCCUGCGGUGAUCAUCUUCCACGAGACCGUCCACACUAAGCUACUAGGAUCAGACAAGCCGUCUGAAUCAGCUGACCGUCUGCUUCAGGAGCGUUUCAGGAAGCUGGGUCUGUUCCCAGAAGCUUUCAGCUCCGUCCAGUACCGUGGAACUCGGACCUACAACCCUCCCACAGACUUCGGUUGCUUGCUGCGCAGCCUGGAGCAACAGCUGGAUAACAACACCACCCGCUCGCCGCGUUCUGCCAGCGUCAUCUACAAGGCUCUGCAGGCACUGAGUGAGCGCUUCAGUGGAGAGAUUACAGACGAGCCCAUGACCAGUAACUCCUUCUUUCCAGAUGAGUACUUCACCUGCUCUAGCAUCUGCCUCAGCUGUGGUUCAGGUUGUAAGAGGAGCAUGAAUCACCUAAAGGAAGGAGCCAACCACGAAGCGAAACAUCGCUGCCGCUACUCUGCACAGUACGACAACCGCAUCUACACCUGCAAGGCCUGCUAUGAGGGAGGGAAGGAGGUAAUAGUCGUUCCCAAAACGACGGCCUCGUCUGACUCACCGUGGUUUGGCCUGGCCAUCUACGCCUGGUCUGGGUAUGUAAUUGAGUGCCCCAACUGUGCAGUGAUCUACAGAAGCAGGCAAUACUGGUAUGGAAACCAGGACCCAGUGGAAACGGUGGUCAGAACAGAGAUCCAGCACAUCUGGCCCGGGUCCGACGGGUUUUUGAAAGACAACAGCAACGCUGCUCAGAGGCUGCUGGACGGAGUGAAGUACAUUUCUCAGUCGGUGUCUGAGCUCAGCGUCAAGCCUGCCAAAGCAGUCACCUCCUGGCUCACUGACCAGAUUGCUCCCACGUACUGGAAACCCAACUCCCUAAUCAUGAAAUGCCAUAAAUGUGCAGAGGAGUUCCAGUCCAACGACACCAAGCACCACUGCCGUUCCUGUGGAGAGGGCUUCUGUGACGCCUGCUCCUCCAAGUCCCGGCCGGUCCCGGAGAGGGGCUGGGGCCUCGCGCCCGUGCGAGUCUGCGAUGCGUGUUUCCACAACAGGGGAAUCCCAACUGAGCUGCUGGACGCUGCCUUGGAGGAGGAAGGAGGCACGCUGAUCGCCAGGAAGGUCGGAGAGGCUGUUCAGAGCACGUUGGGAGCUGUGGUUGGUGCUAUCGACAUACCUCUUGGCCUGGUGAAGGACGCCGCUCGCCCGGCCUACUGGGUCCCAGAUCAGGACAUCCACUCCUGCUGCGAGUGCCAGCGAGAGUUCGCCCCACGUCUCUCCAUCCACCACUGCCGCGCCUGCGGUCAGGGCGUGUGCGACGACUGCUCCCAGGAGCGACGCUCCGUGCCGUCCCGUGGCUGGGAUCACCCCGUGAGGGUCUGCAACAGCUGCAACCAGAGACCUGGGGAUCUCUAGCAGGACCGACAGCGGGAGUCAGAGGUCGGUUUAGGAUGCCGACUUUUAUGAAGACUGGAAUUGGCACCGUUUGGACUCUGGGCUAAUUUAAAACUUCACUUUAUAUCCUUGUGGUUUUUAGUGGCUUUUCUUGGCUGACUGCUCUGUUUCAGGUUGGACCCUGUUUAUUGUUUUUUUUAAUGCUGUCCUCACGUUACUUCAGUCCCUCGAUUCUAUUUCACUUUAAUAUGCCUAUAUUUUACACUGUGAAGAAAACCAGAGUGAGACUUGGAAAUCAAGAAGGCAGGAGAAAACAAAGACUCAGAGAUGAUGAAAUUGACUAUUGUACAGUAUGUUUGCUUACAACUGAAUUCCUUUAAACUUUUUUCAAAUGUGUAGAGAUGCACAUAGAACCCUUGCCCCUAAGACAAUCCCUCCCAGUGUGAUAUACUAGUACUGUUAGCACCUUUUGCAGUCUGGGCCUACAUCAUAAAUAAAUCAUAUGAUAAAACAAGUACUUACUAAUUCCAGGUAAGCACUUUUGAGUCUAAGAAUGUUUCUGCAGGAGCCCCGGAUGUAACAUUCAGGUCCGGCUUUAGAGGAAAUAAUGGAAAACCCGAACAAUGAUCAACCACAAUAAUUUCUGAUCCUGGUCCACACAUUUUACGUAAAAUAUACAUGUUUACGGGGAAAAAAGGUACAUUUAAUAGGGACAUUUUAAAGGGCCUCUUUCGUUUUUAAAAUGUCAAUCUGUUCACAAGACAAAUCAGACUGCAACGGGAUACAAGAAAUGGCUUUUAUAGAGUGGCUGGCUCACAGUAGCAAAAUGGUACAGGAAAUAUUUCAAACUUUUUUUUGGAGGCUGGCCCCUCAAAUGAAUCAGAAGAACACUAAUCCUUUACUCUGGCUGGGAACUCAGGCUGGGAGGCCACUUGGGAGAGGAGCAAAGUUUGAGAUCAUACUUGACUUUUAUCUUACACAUAGGACGUGAUCUGUUUCACUGAAGACCUGGGUAUUGUGCAGUCUGAUUGUGUUCAUAGUUAUCCUGGAUAUUAUUUUCAGUAAGUGACUGGGGAGAGUUUGAUUAUGAUGUCAACAAAUAAACUGAAAUUAAAAAGAAUUUGACCUGAAUAAAUUAACCAUCUGGUCUCAGAGAUGUUCAACGAAUACAGAUAUCACAUGGAACAAAUCUGUUAAUGUAAGCUCAUACAGUAUGUAUUAAACUGCAGAAACUCA